GUUUUUGGCUGCAGUCGCACUACGGACAAUAUUCUAAUUGUGCUAACCAAUCAUACAUACAGAUAUACAUACAUAUAUACAAGUCUAUGUGUAUGUGUAUAUGCGCAUUGUAUAUGUAUGUAAAUAGAAGCAUAUACAAUUCAAUUAAAAUAGCGGCAACAGUUAAUGAUAUUAACUACACAUUUUAAAUGUUAUUAUACAUGGCCAACGCCAGCCAUAUGGAAAACGAAAUCAAAAUCAAAAUCGAAAUGCAAAUGGAAAUGGAAAUGGAAAUGUGCUGCUGUACCAAACACAAAAAUUGAAAUCAUUAAAUCUAAAUACACACAACUACAACUAAUCAUUAAUAACAAUUUACUAUGGAAAUCUAGUGAAAAUCGAAUGUGUUUUGAUUAAAUGCUAUACAAUUUAUAAUUACAAUAAAUCUACAAAAAUACAAAUAAAUAAAAGCCAACAAAAGAAAAUCCCCUGCAAAACGCGUGCAACAAGUUAAAUCCAGCUACAAAUUGUAAACCAAGUUAGAACUACACUCAUACACAUACACAGACGCGUACACAAAUACUCGCUCGCUCAAUACACACGAACACACACACACACACGAGAACACACAUAGACUUUAACAAUGUCAAGUGAAAACAUUCUUUGGAAGCAACAGGUUUCGCCCUAAUAAGUGUUAUAAAGACGCGCGUCCAGAAUUGCUGUCGACUUUAGCCAGAAAUCUUUAUAUGUAUAAACACAAACACACAUACAUACAUAUAUAUAACAUAGUUAAUGAAUUUAUCAGUAAUAUACACCGAUAUACACACAUGUACAGUGUUUAAAUACAAAGCAGAAAUUGAGGAAAAUAGAAAAUAAGAAUUUGUGUGACUGCAACCAGUUGGAACGAAAGUCGAACAAAAAAUAUAUAUACAUAUAACAUAAAAGAACAAAACCUGAAAAGUUCUUAGAGCGCGAAAUAGAAAAGAGACGAAAGAGCAAAACCCCAAUAUGGAUUCGUUUUACGAUGGUGACCUCAAAGAUAUAUGGGACUCCGAUUUAGAUCCGACGGAAUCCUUGAAAAUUAGCAGUGAUCAUGAUAUGCACGAUUGGUUUUACGAUCGUGAUGUCAAGGAUCCAGCUGUCAUACUGCACGACAAGCUCAUCUCCGAUGCGCUGCUCAAUGGCACGGGACCAAUCAAAACGGAGCAUUCCUACAGUCUCAACAGCGAUGGUGACUCCCUGCCCGAUUCACCAAAAAGCCUGCAGGCCAAAAUCGAUGAUAUGGAUGACGAGUGCUACUCUGGCAACGGUCGCAUCACCAUCGAUCCCAAAUGCCUAACACUACACCCGCCCGCAAGAAACAGUCGCAGCAGCGCCAUGCUGAGCAGCACGAGUGGAGCCAUCGCCAGUGCGAGUUCCGCGUUGAGCACAGCCAUCACAGAGUUGGCGGCGGCGAGCACAGCGCGAGCCACUGAGCUGAACCACCAGCAACAACAGCAGCAGCAGCAGCAGCAGCUACACCAGCACCACCAGCAACAGCAGCACCAGCAUCAGCACGGCCAGAGCAGCAGCAGCGGCAGCGGCAGCAAUGGAAUGCACGUGACGCUGGAGCACUUUCAACUACCUCAACACUUGGCGGAUAUGUACGAUGACAACGAUUGCAGCUCGUCGGUGUCCUCGGCCAGAGAGGGCAGCAUAUCGCCGGACAUCUGCUCGGAUAUUGAAAUCGACGAGGCGAUCAUCAAGGAUGAGCCCAUGUCACCCGACUCCAGCUGCCCCGCCAGUCCAAACUCACAGAACAGCAGUGCCCAGCAGCUCAGCAUCAACCUGGCCAACUUACAAACAGAAUUGCUCUUCGACCAAAAGCAUGGUGGCCUUCUGUUGGCCGCCAGCAGCCAGAGCCUUAUCAAAUCCCAGCAGCAACAGCAACAGCAGCAGCAGCUCUUGCUCGGCCAGAGCAGCCAGAGUCUGAUGCUGCCCAAGAUCGCCAUCAAGAGCGAAAAGCAGAGCAAUGCCAGCAGCAGCAGCAGCAGCAACAGCAACAGCAACAGCAACAGCAGCAGCAGCAGCAGCUCGGGAAAGUCACACGCCUAUGGCAUACCCCUUACGCCGCCCUCGUCGCUGCCCAGCGAUGACUCCGAGGGCAAUUUGUCGCCAGAGCAUUUGUUUGCUCCACUGUCGCCAAAUGCCUCGACGGCUACCGCCAGCGAAGUGGCACAGACUUCAAGUGCGCGACGAACGUCGGCGGCUAUGACACGGGCGGCGAGCAACAGCAGCAAUGGAGGCGCCACCAGCAAUGCCACGCCAUCGACGAGGCAGCCCAUACACACGCCUCUCAUCAGCUCACAGCCAAAAGGCUCUACAGGCACCCUGUUGCUGACGGAGGAGGAGAAGCGCACGCUGCUGGCAGAGGGCUAUCCCAUACCACAGAAGCUGCCGCUAACCAAAGCCGAAGAGAAAUCACUAAAGAAAAUACGACGCAAAAUUAAAAAUAAGAUCUCUGCUCAGGAAAGUCGUCGCAAGAAGAAGGAGUAUAUGGAUCAGUUGGAACGGCGUGUGGAAAUUCUGGUUACUGAGAAUCACGAUUACAAGAAGCGCCUCGAGUCACUGGAGGAGACCAAUGCCAAUCUACUUAGUCAGCUGCACAAACUGCAGGCCCUAGUUAGCAAGCACAAUGUGAAAAAGUCCUAAGCUUGGAUCGCAAUGCGGUUCAAGUUUCGCCUGCCUGCCCGAGAGAUAUUUUAUUUAACUUUAACGUUUAUUUCGAUUCAUUUUUGUUUUCGUUUUCGUUUUUUAAUAAGAAUUUAUCAGUUUAUUGGCUUUUUCGGUUAGCACAAAGCAAAAGCAAACGCAAAAAAAAACAUUCCCCAAUUUUAAAGAAAAUUCAAAUCCCAACCUCAGCAACUCUUAGGAGUUAUCAGUCCAUAAUGCCCAUAACUGAGAAACAUAUAUAUAUGUAUAUCGAUAAUUAUCGAUGUUUAGCUACUUAUAGUUUGUAUUCUAUAUUAUUAUGAUUAGUCAUGCAUUCCUGUUAUAUAAACUAAUAUUUGAUAAAUAGAACGUAGGCAAGACAAGCUCAAACAUGUAGACUAGCCUCUAAAUAGAAGCUACAUAAAAACUAAAAGAAAAACUAUUACACACACACACAACCAAAAAAGAAAAUCGCAUAUGGCAUGAGCUCUAAAGAAACAUUUGAUUCGAUUCGAUUGGAUUGAAGAGCGAGCGACACAUGUAUAUUAUGUUUUAAUAAUGAAUGCUUGAAUGGUACGAGCUACUUUCAAAGCUGUUUCCCAAGAAACAAUACUAAUGAAAAUUGAGGAAGUAAUAGUAAAACAGUUUUCGAAUUUCAUUUUGCAAGACUUUUGUUCCUUUAUAAGAUAUUUCUCAAAA